AUGCCUACCUGUGCUGAACUUGCUAAGAGGAUUGAUGAACUGGAGUCGAGGCUGCUCAGCGAAUCUGAUCGUAUGACCGAUCGCAUCGUUGACAAGAUCGCUGUGAAAAUGAAGUCCUCGGGGGUGGAUGUGCUAGAGCUAAAGAAGCACGUGGACAGCCUUGAGUCCAGUUUAAAAUUCCUGAAUGAUCUGGUUGACAAAUUAAACAGCGAAAAGGCCUCACUGGUAGCCGAAAACAAAGCACUUAAAGAUGAAAAUUGUUCACUGUCUCGCAAGGUCUCACAGCUCGAGCAAUACUCGCGCAUGAAUAACGUCGAGAUAAGGGGCAUCCCCUGCACUCAGGGUGAAGACUGCGUGGCCGUAGUCGAAAAAAUUGCCAAGAUAAUUGCAUGUCCAGUUACUCCCUCAGAUCUCGACGUUGUUCAUCGAGUUUCUACUAAAGAUAAGGGAAAGAAGAACUUAAUCGCGAGAUUUUGCUCUCGGGCAAAAAAGAAUGAUUUCGUCAGCAAAGCACGAAAAGCAAGGCUCUGUCUCAGUGACAUCGGCAUGUCUAACGGCACCCACCCUAUUUUCGUUAACGACCACUUGACACCUCAGAACAAGGCAUUAUUUUCUAGGGCACUGGCAUUAAAGAAAGCGAACAACUGGAAGCACCUGUGGACUGAUAAUUGCCAGAUUAAGGCUAGAAAAACUAAUGAGAGCCGUGUCUGUCGCAUUUCUGGUGAGUCUGACCUUUCCGUUUUCAACUAA